AUGCGAAUCCGGUUAGCACAGUCGCUAUUGAACCCACAAGAUAUUGACACUGGAUCCCAAGAAAGCCAGGAACAAGGUUUUGAGGUCAGAUCCUCGUUCCCAAGGGGCCAAAAUCCUCGUGAUUUGGGUCCAAUAGCACUCGAUAUGGCCCUUGAGGGGACCAAAGAAAUCCUACAAGCGGUUCAAUCAUUUGGCAAGGGUCCAGUAGCUGAUACAUGCCCUCUACCUAAUGCUACUGACAGAUCUAAAAUAACCGAUUUACAAACUUAUUCCUCAGCUGCUUUAACUGACGUUUCCACCUGUGAUGAUAGUUAUGAUGAAGGUGGAGGUAAUGAACCUCCGCAGAUCAGUCAAGCCAGUCAAAAAGCAAAAGUAAUAAUAGAUAUUCUAUUAGUCAUUGCAAAUCGUUUGUAG